AUGUCUUCAUCUUCCAUUGAUAAGCCAGCAGUCUCUCAUGAUUUAGAUUUUGAUAAUAAAGAACAUGAAAGCAUACGUAUUGAUGGAGCAGGAAAUGAGUUCGUUAUAAUAGGAAAUAAAAAGUAUUAUAGGCAUGAGUUAAUGAUGGCCUUUGGUGGUACAUUAAACCCAGAAAGAUAUGCUCCAUAUCCGGUUCACCAGUUUGGUAACGCUUCAGCAAUGGGGCUCUGUGCCUUCUCAAUGACAACCUUUGUGUUAGGGCUUUAUUUGGCUGGUGCAAUGGGAAUAGCCGUACCUAAUGUCGUUGUUUCGCUCACAUUCUUUUACGGCGGAGUUGUUCAAAUGUUAGCUGGAGUAUAUGAGAUUCUCAUUGGAAACACUUUCGCUGCUACGGCAUUUGCAAGCUAUGGUCCAUUUUGGAUGUCCUAUGGUGCUAUAUUUGUGGACAACUUUGGUAUUACAGCAGCUUACGAAGAUGAACCUGAGCAACUCGCAAACGCCACCGGUUUUUUCUUAGUUGGGUGGGCCAUUUUUACUUUCUUGUUGCUAUUAUGUACCCUUAAGUCCACAGUUAUGUUCGUUGCUCUCUUCUUGACAUUGGACUUGGCUUUCAUUCUCCUCGCGGCUGCUAACAUGACAGGCAAAACCCUGAUAACUAAGGCAGGUGGUGUCAUGGCUGUUAUAUCUGCUUGUUGUGGUUGGUAUAAUGCAUUUGCUGGUGUUUCUACAAAGCAUAAUUCUUAUUUGAGAGCAAAUCCUGUGCUUUUGCCAAUUAUCGGUGGAGGUAACUCCUGA